AUAUGUUAAUUAAUUCAAUGAAUGAGAACUUUCUUAGAACCUUCACAACACGUUAUCUUAAUUUGUUUGCUAAUUUCCUCGUCUUCUCAGACCAAUUUUUCAUUUUAUUUUGAAACUUUCAAAUUUGCAAUCUUUUUCUUCAAAUGUCAUAAAAUAAAUUCUGGGUUUUGUUAAAGAUUUAAUCUUUGGUGGUUUUGGAAUAAUUCUUGAUCUGGGUUUGCUCAAAAGUUCUUGACCCAGUUCAUCAGGAUUGUUGAACUGCCAAUUUGGAAUUUUCAAUUUUGAUUUGGUCUGUUGGUUUAUCUUCAUUUAUAUGGAUUUGGAUUGAACAAAAGGGGAUCAUUGUGUAGAAAUUCUUGAGCUUGAAUUGUAUUGUAUGCAAAGUUAGGUAGAUUAAACUAGGCUGCAAAAACUAUGGAUCUUGCUAGAGUAAGCUCGACGGGAGAUGGCGAUUCGGAUAUCGAUAGAGAAGCCACCGGGGACACUCCGCUUAUGAGUAGACCAUUGUAUAGAUCCCAAUUUUCAGGUAGGGUGAGGCAAAGAGCUUAUAUAUUUGAUGGUGAUGGGAAUUAUUACAAUAAAGAAUGGGACCUUACAGAAGGUCACGGAAACGAAUUCUGUUGGUAUCAUGUCGAGCUUCCGAAGAGUAAUGAGAAGCUUUCGUUAUCUGCACAAUGUCUCAUUGAUGUUCUUUGUCCUCCAUUGAAACUUCAAGAUAUUCUAACACUAGUCAGCAAUGGACCUUAUUGUGGUUUCGUCGAUGGGGCACUUGUGUUUAGAGUUAACUCUCCGGGUCCUCCUUCUAGUGAUUAUACAUUUAGGUUAGCUGCUAGAGUUACUGAGAAUUCGAUAAUUACUGUGUCCUUGGGGCGUGUUCCGAGAUUGGGGUUUUCGCCAAUUGGUCAAUCUCUACUCUCGGAAAUUCCUAGUGUAGAGACUCCGUCGUACAAUGGAGGGGAGCAAAAGGAACAGCGUGGAUUUGUGAUUAAGGAACAUGUUCUUGAGUUCUUUUUAACGAUGAACCACUCCGAGGAAGCUGAUAAUCCUGUUCCGAAAUCUGUUUCAAAUCUCGUUGUUCACAUUGUUGAUACAUACGUCGAUCACCUUCAAGAUAUGGUGACUAAACUUGAGAUUGAGCUAGACUCUGUGGAGAUUAAACUCGACAAUGGUGGCUUUAUUUUGAAGAAACAAAUGCUAGAUGAUAGAAGAUUUCCUAAAAUGCAUCUUAAUCUGCAGCGUCUAUUACAGGUAAUUGCGCAUGGGGAACAAGUUUUUCCAAGAGUUAAAGAAAAAUGUUCAUCAAAAAGCUGGUUUGCUAGUGAGGACAUUAACUCCCUAGAAGAAUUAAUCGGACGACUGAGGAGGUUAAAAGAGAAUGUCGGGUUUAUAGCAAAUCGUGUAACAGCAAUUCAGGCAGGUCUAGAUAGCUGGCAAUCCGAGCAAAUAAACAAGAAACUGUAUUAUCUUUCAUUCCUUUCGAUUAUAUUCCUUCCGCUGUCUAUAAUUACUGGAGUGUUUGGCAUGAAUGUGGGAGGAGUUCCAUGGACAGGGCAGAAGAAUCCGGAGUUGGAAGAUGGCUUUCGUAAUGUAAUGUUUAUCUGUUUUGUGAUGCUAAUUCUCCUGCUCUUAUGCUUCCUUUUCCCUUCACUAUAUGCUCGUAUAGCUGCAUGGUGGAGGAACAGGGCAAUAAAAAAAAGCUGGACGCUCAACAGGAGGUCGUUUCUUAAGAGAACCCGUGUACAUGAAGAUAGAGGAGGUUACCUUCGCAUUUAAAAUAUUCCGAUGACAGGUUCUGUUGAUAAUUCUCUUUUAGCAGAAUAUGUCUUUCGUCCUAAGGAUACGAAAUGGAAACUGUUGUAUUUUUUCAUUCUGUUGAUAUAUGUCGGUGAUUUCUUGAUCACGGUUGGUUCUACAAAUUGUCAUUAUGAUCAUCCGCCCUGCCUGAGAAAUUUCUCACUGUCAUGAUUAGAGGUCAAGCUUCGUUCACAGUUUGUUGUCAUGUAAUCUUUUAUUUUUUGAUUUUUCUAGAAUUGAUCAACACAUUGUACAUAUUGUAACAGAUAUCAUUUUGAAUAUAUGUACCUUAAAUGUUUCUUUUUA